AUGAGGGUCAUCAUUGCAGGCGGCGGUAUCGCUGGCCUGACCAUGGCCAACGCUCUGGAAAGGGCUGGCAUCGACUUUAUCCUCCUCGAGGCUCGAAGCGUGAUUGAUCCACAAGUUGGCGCCUCGAUAGGCAUAAGUUCUGCCGCCAUGCGAAUCUUUGAUCAGUUUGGGGCAGCACAAGCUAUUAUCGAUGAGACGUACCCCAUCACAAAGACCAAACACCACCGGAAAGAUGGCUCUCUCAUCAUGCCAGCUUCCUCGGCCGUGGAGAUAUUGAAAGAGAGGUUUGGCUAUACUAUCAGCUUCCUGGACCGACAGCUUGUGCUCCGAGCGUUAGCCAACACAGUCGCAUCGGAAGAAAAGGUCCUGCUGAACAAGAGGGUGAAGUCUAUCGAGCAUCAUGCCACGGGUGCCAUGGUCUUUUGUGAAGACGGCACGUUCUACGACGGUGACAUCGUCAUUGGCUGCGAUGGUGUCAAUAGCAAAGUUCGCAACGAAAUGUGGCGCAUUGCUGGCACGACAGAUCCGACCUACUUCACGGAGAAGGAACGGACCAAGAUGACAGCCGAGUACACAUGCCUUUUCGGCAUCAGCAAUCCCGUCGAAGGCUUCGACGAGGGAGACCUCGACUACACCUACGAUAAAGACCACUCAUUCCUCGCCAUCACUGGCAAGAACAGAAGGCUGUACUGGUUCUACUUCGAGAAGCUGCCACAAGUCGCCACAUGGAACACCAAAAACUUCCCACGCUACAGCCAAGCCGAUGCCGAGAGACACGCCGAGAAGAACUCCUGGCGCCCUUGCCACGAGUCACGCACUCUCGGAGACGUGUGGGAUAAGCGCAUCACAUAUACUCUUGUACCAAUGGAAGAAGCCCUCUUCGACCACUGGAGCUGGGGCAGAAUCGCGACAAUUGGUGAUUGCGCUCACAAGAUGACCGCUAACCAUGGACAGGCCGGCAACAACGCUAUCGAAUCCGCCACAGCGCUUGCGAAUGAGCUCAAGCGUCUCCACGAUGCUGACGAUACAUCUCAAGCUUCCAUCACGGCCGCAUUCGGGAGAUGGCAGAAGAAGCGUAAAGCACGUGUCGAAGCUACCGUGAAAGAGGCAGCUAUGAUCUGUCGUCUCCAAGCUCUGAGCACUUUCAAGGAUUACUUUACAGUCUUCUGGAUGCUACCGCUGGCUGCGGAUCUUCUGCUGAAUCUCUCUACAGAUGCCAUGAUUGGCGCGGAAGUACUGGAGUACCUCCCGUUGCACGAUCGAGCCUUUUCUGGAUCCUGCGCAUGGAAUCCCAAGCAAGGAAAUGGCUUCAAGGAAAGCUUGCUGAAGCGAGUCCUGUUCGCCACGCCACUUCUGGCGUUGUCAUACUACGCCUCGCAGCACACCACUAUCCUCUCUCGAGCAGACCUGAUCGCGACGCUCCUCAACCCUUCAGCCGUCGAUACGUCCUCCUGGCUCUAUGCCUUCAGCCAAGCUGCCGAUGUCCACGUCCUUUUCGCAACCUGGCUGAUUGAAUCGAAUCGCAGGAUCAACGUCUUGACCCCAACGCAAGUCGCACCGCUCUUCAUGGUUGCAGCACAAUACUUUGGCCCAGGCGUUGUAGCUCCGGUGUUCUAUUUCCUAUACUACAUCCUCAGUCCCAUCGAUAAGUGGGCACCGGCGGAUCUGCGAUUGACGAAUGUAGCCUGGACAAGAACUAUCAUGCCCAUCAUGCUUUUCGUCACACUGCAUAUCCUCGCCCUGAGGCUGAUCGGCUCUGAUUCGGGGAUCAUAUUGACUCAGCUUCGAUGGGCCGUGUCAGCGCUACCGCUGCUGUUCACCGCAAUCCAGUGGCUGCUGGUGAAGACUGGUAUAAGCACAACAGAUAUCCACCACGACUCCCGCUUCAAUGUCAAGAAGGACGUCCCCGCCAUCCGCGCCUGCAUGCUCGUCCUCUCCGCCAUCACGACACUCUCCUGGUGGAUCGCAAUACUCCGCAGCUCCAUCACCCUGGACUCUCUUCUCGCCGACACAAACCACAUCAUCCUCCUCGCUGCAACAGCCCUCUGGCUCGGUCUCCUCUUCAAGAACCAGAAGGAUGCCGGAAUGGAGACGGUUAGUUGGAUCCAAGCUUUCGCUACUGCUGUAGCUUUGACGAUCGUGGCAGGUCCAGCGAGUGCGCUGGGGUUGGGGUGGUUGAGGAGGGAGGAGACGUUGGCGGGUAAGAGGCAUAAGGAUGCUGUGACGAGGGAGAGAUACGCGGGGAAGACGCCGGCUGAAGUUUUGGCUGGGGACGGAGGCAUGAAUGAAAACGUAAAGAGUAAUGGGGUUUCGAAUGGGCAUGCGAAGAGUAAUGGGGUGAUGAAUGGUCAUGGGAAGGCGAAUGGUAUGGCGAACGGACAUGCAAAGGCGAAUGGUGCCAUGAAUGGUCACGUUAAGAGUAAUUGA